AUGAGGGCUGCUCUCUGGGCCUUGGGAGUCGGGCCCUUUCUCCUCACGCUCUGGGCAGUCCCCACUGGUGGGCCGGGCAACCUGAGGCUGGCGAACAGAUACAGCGAGUGUGACGGACUGGUGCUGGUCCGACACGAGGGGGAGUGGGGGCACGUGUGCAACCAGGAGUGGACGCUGGCGGAGGCCUCGGUGGUCUGCAGGCAGCUGGACUGCGGCCCUGCCGUGGGGGCCCCCAAGUACGUCCCGCUGCCCGAAGAGAGGAAGCAGCCCUUGCUCCACAACGUGUCCUGCAGGGGCAACGAGUCCUCCCUGUGGGAGUGCAGCCUCGGGGCGUGGACACGGGCCCCGUGCCCCCACGAGUGGAUGGUGGUCGCGCUGUGCGCCAACGGCACUUUUCGGGAGAUCCGGCUGGUGAAGGGCCGGAGCCCCUGCUCCGGGCUCCCCGAGAUCAAGAACCUGAACGGCGUGGACCGCCUCUGCGGCCUGCACCAGACGGAGGCCACGGUGUUCUGCCAGGAGCUGGGGUGCGGGCCGGCGCUGCAGGCCUCCCGCCAGGGCGGGGACCCCGCCGGCGGGAAGUUCAUGACCUGCCAGGGCACGGAGCCCACCAUCCGCAACUGCAGGCUCGACAACAAGCUCCGCAGAGGUUGCGACGCCGAGCAGGACGCCGAGGUGGUCUGCUCAGGACACACGGAGGCCCGGCUGGCGGGCGGCGAGCACCCCUGUGCCGGGCGCCUGGAGGUGAGGCGCGGCCUGACCUGGGGCACCGUCUGCGACCAGGACCUGGACCAGGCCACGGCCCACGUGGUGUGCCGGGAGCUGCAGUGCGGCGUGGCCGUGUCCACGCCCCCGGGCGCGCACUUUGGCCAGGGCUCGGGGCCCGUGUGGACGGAGGCCUUCCGCUGUGCGGGCAACGAGUCGCUGCUGUUCCACUGCCCGAGGGCGCCCGGGCACCGGUGUGGGCACGGCCAGGACGCCGGGCUCCGGUGCUCAGAGUUCCGACUGGCCAACGGCAGCAGCAGCUGUGAGGGCCGCGUGGAGCUCCAGGUCCAGGGGGCCUGGGCGCCCCUCUGUGCCGCCCACUGGGACCUCGCAGACGCCACCGUCCUCUGCCACCAGCUGCACUGCGGCAGCGCCAUGGCCGUGCCCCCGGGCGGUCACUUUGGGCCCGGGAGCGCCCCCCUCUGGCCCGACAGGUUCCACUGUGCGGGGACAGAGCCCUACCUGUGGCACUGCCCGGUGAGCACGCUGGGCGCCCCGGCCUGCGCCCCCGGACACUCGGCCUCCGCGGUCUGCUCAGGCCUGGCCCAGGCGCUGCGGCUGCGGGACGGCCAGAGCCGCUGUGACGGCCGCGUGGAGGUGGCGCUGGACGGCGCGUGGGGCCGCGUCCUGGACGACGCGUGGGACGCGCGCGGCGCGGGCGUGGUGUGCCGGCAGCUGGGCUGCGGGGCGGCGGAGCGGGCCUACGAUGCCCCCGCCCCGGGGCGCGGGGUCCGCGUGGGGCUGAGCCGCGUGCGCUGCGCGGGCACCGAGGCCCGCCUGGCCCAGUGCGACGUGUCCGCCGCCCCGCUGGCGCCGCCGGGGGCCGCGCGGGACGCGGGCGUGGUUUGUGCGGGUGAGUGA